GUCUUCUGAAUUGAGAAAAAUGAAGCCAGCACAAACAACAAAAAAUCCUACCUUCAUGCGCUAGAUGGCAGUGUUUCUCCGAUUGGGAUCUCGCUUUUCCAACACUUUUCCAUUGAGUCGCUCGUUGAUGACUCGUUUUGUUUUUCUUUGUUUCACUGAGGUCUGUGGCGGCUUCGUCUCCCCCUCGAGGUGCCCGUCUUAACUUUGAGGCGCAAUAGUGAACGGAAACAGAGAAGCGAGAGACAAAAAGGAGGAGCGUCAGUGAGUCAAAAGAGCGAAUUGGGAAUAUCUGGAAAGACAGAAGGACCGGGGCCGAGAAUUUGGAGCGAGGGAGGUAAUAAGGAGCCUCCUUGCCAGCUGACGUAGCCAUGUAAUGAGGCGUCAAAUGGCCUCCAGACCGAGAAGAAAAACUUAGAAGAGAAGAGCAGACACUUGUGAGAGAAGAGUUUAACACGGAGCAUGGCCUCAACCAAAGAGGAUGGUGUGGACGAGAGACUGGCACACAUUAAAAAGGAGGACUGUGAGUGGGGGCCACCAGGAGAUUGGCGUGUGAAGAUAGAGGACUGGGAAGGAAGGAGUUCCGUGUUUGAAGAGGAGGAGUCCAAGGAGGAGUUUGUGGACAUUAAAGUGGAAGAUGUGAACAAUUUCUCAGGGGGUCCUGAAUGGCAGGAGUGCAAAACUGGGAAUAUUUUCAAACAAGAAUCUCCCCCCAGUUCACGGCCCUGGUUCACUCAUCAUGAGGCAGUGAAAUCUGAGAUUCCCGAGGGUGAAGAGAAAAUCACCGAAGGCAACGAGAGAGGAGCGGAGGAAGAAGAGCCGUUAUCUAGGAGUGUUGGAAUAAAUUUCCACGACAAUGGUAGCGUUUCCCCAUCUUCAUUUGCUCAGCAGUCAUGGAACUGCAGACUGCAACAGAAACGGGACAAGGACAAGAUGAAGAAAUCUACAAGGGGAUCAAAGAAUGUGACCUCAGCCUCUCAGCAGUGCAGUUCUGUUCCUGCUACCAGACUUACACAGGGAGAAGUCAUCAACAUUGAUCAGCAAGAAGUGCUUAACACAAAUCCAGAGGCUUUAUAUGCAGAGCAAGGGGAUGGAAAAACUUUGAAAAAAAAAUCUGAUUGUGAAAAUAAGUGGAUUCAUACAAAACAGAAGCCACAUCCCUGUGAAGAAUGUGGCAAACUAUUUUCAUGCAUCAGAAAUCUUAACUUGCACAAAAGAAUUCACACAGGAGAGAAACCCCAUUGCUGUCAAGAAUGUGGAAAACGAUUCUCACAGAUAAGCAAUCUGAAGAGCCACUCGAGAGUUCACACGGGAGAAAAACCUUUUUGCUGCUCUGAGUGUGGCAAACGUUUCUCCCACAACUGCAGCCUACAGACCCAUGCAAAAAUCCACACGGGAGAAAAGCCUUAUUGCUGUAUUGAAUGUGGGAAAAGAUUUUCACAAAUAAGCCAACUUCAAAGCCACACUAGAAUUCAUACUGGAGAGAAACCUUACUGUUGUGUUGAAUGUGGGAAAAGAUUUUUGCAAAUAAGCCAUCUGAAGUGCCAUAUGAGAAUUCACACUGGUGAGAAACUUUAUUGUUGCCCUGAAUGUGGUAAGCGAUUUUUAGACAGUAGCACUCUUCGUAAGCAUGAAAGAAUUCAUACAGGUGAGAAGCCCUAUACCUGUUCUGAAUGUGGCAAACAAUUCUCCUACAGUAGCAGUCUUCAGAAGCACACGCGGAUUCAUACUGGAGAGAAGCCGUAUUGCUGUUCUGAAUGUGGCAAACGGUUCUCUGACUGCAGUGCUCUCCGCAGCCACAGGAGAAUUCACAGUCGGGAAAAACCUUAUUGGUGCUGCGAAUGUGGAAAACGAUUUCGCUACAGUAACAGUCUUCGGCUGCACACUCAAAUUCAUACUGAAGAGAAGCCAUAUUGUUGUUCUGAUUGUGGCAAAAGAUUCUCCAAUAACGGUUAUCUGCAGAAACACGCAAAAAUUCACAGUGGCGCGAAAUCUCAUCGAGUCGACAUUGCUGCAGAUCAUUUCAUUACAGAGGUCUUCGCUUAUCCCAGACAGCACUACGUCAAUAGCGACCUUUUCGAUGAUGCGCUCGAUGGACUCUCCACGAAACCAGCUGUGGAUAAGGUACUGCAAGUCCUGUAUCUGCCCCCCGAUGGGGCGAUUAGGAUCGAUCUGCCACAGCCGGAUCUUACGCCCCUUGGCCAAGGAGCUCAUACAAGUAUUAACAAGAAUUUGCUGCUUCAGAUAAUCAUAAUCAAGUCUCUCAAGGGGAAUGUUUCGCAUAACCUUCAGAGCAUCUCCAGUCAAAAACGGGGCCACAAUGGCAGACCAGUAUCGCCUGUUCCAGCGCAUCAACGUGGCCAUAUGUUCAAAGCCAAUGAGGAAACUCUCAGGAUCGUCCUUAGGAUCCAUCUUCACGAGCACAUCAGUGGGACUGAGAGGGACUGGAGCCCACGCAGGCACAUCGUCCGGAUCAGGUGGAAGGGGGGCGUCGUGAGGUUGUUCACCUUCAGCGGGCAACUGCUGUUGAGGAUCCAUCUGCAAGGGAUUCUUAGAAGAGAAGAGCAAACACUUAGGGUGGAGAAGAGUUUUACACAGAGCAUGGAUUCAGCCAACGGUGAUGGAGUGGAUGAAAGGCUGGCAAACAUUAAGCAAGAGGAUUGUGAAUGGGGUGCACCGGAGGACCUGUGCAUAAAGCUGGAGGAUUGCGAAGGGAGAAUUUCGGUUUUUAAGGAGGAGGAGGAGUCCGAGGGGGAAAUUGUUCAGGUUAAAGUGGAGGAUUCCGAAGAUUUCUCAGUUAGUCCUGAACUGCAAAAAAAUGAAAUUGUAAAUAUUUUCAAGCAGGAUAUUGCUGAUGAAGCUCAUUUCAGCUUACAGCCCUGGUUCACCAAUAUGGCACGACUGGCUGGCCAACAAAAUUCUGUAACAGUGAAAUCUGAGUUUGAGGAGAAAAUCACUGAAGGAAAGACAAGAGAAGGAGAAGACUAUGCUAAGAAUGUGGGAAUAUAUUUGCAGGAGAGUGGCAGCUUCUCUACAUCUUCAUUUGCCGAGACUUCUUUUCGGUGCAGACUGCAACACACUUGGCACAAUGAGAAGAUGAAGAUGUCAGCAAGAGCAACAGAGAAUUUGACAGCAGCCUCUGUGCACUUUAGUUCUCUUCCUGUUGCCCGACUAACACAGGUAGGAGUCAUCAACAUUGAUCAACAGCAACUGCACAAUUCAGAUCAAACAGGCCAAGAGGACAUAAAAACUUUCCCACAAAUAUCUGAUUAUAAGUUAAUUGACAUGAAACAGAAGCCAAAUUCUUUUUUUCAAUGUGGUCAGCUGCUUUCAGGCGGCAGUCUCAAGAAACGUACAAUUCCUUUGGCAGAGAAACCUCAUUGCUGUUCUGAAUGUGGCAAACGAUUCUCACAGAUGAGCAGUCUUCACAGGCACACAAGAAUUCACACUGGAGAAAAGCCCUUUUGCUGCUCCGUAUGUGGCAAGCGAUUUUCUGACAGUAGCAGUCUCCAAAGACACACAAGAAUUCACACUGGCGAAAAGCCAUACAGCUGUUUGGAAUGUGGCAAGCGAUUCUCCAACAGCAGCGCUCUCCAACAGCAUGUACAAAUUCACACCGGAGAGAAGCCAUAUUGCUGUUCCAUCUGUGAGAAAAGAUUUUCCAACAAUAGCAGUCUUCAGAAACAUGCAAAAAUUCACACUGGAGAAAAACCUCAUUGCUGUUCUGAAUGUGGGAAGCGGUUCUUGCAAAUAGGCCAGCUUCAUCGACAUGUCAGAAGCCACACUGGGGAGAAACCCUUCUGUUGUACUGUAUGUGGUAAACAAUUCUCCCACAGCAGUGACCUUCAUGGUCAUGAAAGAAUUCAUACGGGUGAGAAACCACACAGCUGUUCUGAAUGUGGAAAGUGUUUCUCAGACAACAGAUGUCUUAACAGACACUUGAGAAUCCACACUGGAGAGAAACCCCAUUGCUGUCAAGAAUGUGGCAAACGAUUCACACUAAUAAGCACUCUUCAGAGGCACACAAGAAUCCACACUGGAGAAAAACCUUUUUCCUGUUUAGAAUGUGGAAAACGAUGUUCUGACCGACGCAGUUUACAAAGACAUACAAGAAGUCACACUGGGGAAAAGCCAUAUAGCUGUUUAGAAUGUGGGAAAGGCUUUUCUGACAGCAGUACCCUUCAGAAGCAUACACGAAUUCAUACUGGAGAGAAGCCAUACUGCUGUACAGAGUGUGGAAAACGAUUUUCCCAAAUAAGUAGCCUUAAUAGCCACUCAAAAAUACACACCGGAGAGAAACCUCAUUGCUGUUCCGAAUGUGGGAGAAGAUUCUUACAAAUAUGCCAACUUCAACGGCACCUCAGAAUUCACACAGGAGAGAAACCAUAUGGUUGCCCUGAGUGUGGUAAACGAUUCUCACACAACAGUUGCCUUUAUAGCCAUAGAAGAAUUCACACUGGCGAGAAACCUUAUAGCUGUUAUGAAUGUGGCAAGCGUUUCACAGACAGCAGGUGUCUCACUAGACACGUGAGAAUUCACACUGGAGAGAAACCCUAUUGUUGCACCGAUUGUGGCAAACGAUUCUCAGACAGCACUGGCCUCCGUAGCCAUAAAAGAGUUCAUACUGGGGAGAGACCUUAUGGCUGUUCUGAAUGCGGCAAGAAUUUCUCAAACAGCAGCAAGCUUAGUAGACACAUGAGGAUUCACACUGGAGUGAGGAAAAAUCGCAAAGUACCAGGAGUUCCAAACAGUAAUGCGCCAAAGGUGGAAUAAAGCCACCAACAUAACGGCAGUGACAUUGCAAUCUGUGGUUUUCAACAAAAGAAAUUCCAAGCCUAUCUAGACCUCCUAUGAAUUACUUU